AGUCCUUCAUCUCGCAGGGCAUCCGAAGAGAGCGCCGCUGGAAACCGCACCCCGCAGGACCCGCCUCGCAGUGCGGCUGACCCGCACCCCGACCCGAGGCUCCUUCCGCCUGCCGGCCAGACCUCGAGGAGCAGCGGAGGAGAAGCUGGUCCUCGGGUCCAGGAGAAGCAGAAAGGAGGAAGUGAUAACAAUGUACGAGUGGAAAAAUUCGACCGGCCGGCUCUCGACUCCUGCAGUGCAGACUCCAGCGAGACUGGGGGUUGCUGCUGAGGGUCCAGGCAUCAUCUACCCAUCUGGCACAACCUUCCCUAAGGAGUCUGCAAGAGGCAGAGGCAACUUCAGUGAGGUGCCAGGGUUCCUUGCCCAGAAGAUGCAGAUGUUCCAGAAGGCGAACAGCGUGCCGAUCCACCUGAAGGGCGGCCCCCUCGACAAGGUGCUGUUCGGCGCCACCCUCGUCAUGUGCACCGUCGGCCUCACCGGCUGCCUCAGCUUCUUCUACGACAUGAGUUUCCCGAAGAAGAGCGACUGAAUGCCCUGCCAGAGUUCGAAGGUCGCAGAUGCUGAGGGACGCGUGAAAUACUGAUUGGCUGAUUCUCGGACCUUCGCAAGUUGUAACGGGUUCAUUUAGUAAGGAAAAUUGUUUACUGGAAAUAUUACCGUUUCCUUCUCUUACAUUGUCAAUUGUGAACUUGUAUAGUGUUAAAGAGAGAAGGUUGAAGAAAGAUAAAUUAAAUUCUGCAUUUGGCCUGUAGUAAAUUAUUGUAGAUAUCGUCAGGUUAACUGCAUUUGUAUUAAAAUUGUAUUCCAAUC